AUGUCCAACAGCGAGCGAGGAAUCAAAUUUCGCGAGCGACAGCGGGAACGAGAGGCCACACUAUCGCAGGAGACUGACAGGCUUCGCGACGAGAUCCAGCGCCUCCAGGUCUUACGGGAUCUGUGUGAAGCGAAGUCGCUUGCAUCAGAGUACUGCACUGCCGCUGUCCCGAUGAAGUUCAUCAUGGAGUACUUCCAGCAGUUCCGGAUAGGUCUGCACGUCCCCAACGCCCCUGCUACGCCGCAUACCAAGUUCGGAGGUAAACCCGCGGUCGAGAUGAUUCUGAGCAUCUGGGAACACUACUCCAGGUUCCAUACGUCUGUAAAGCUCGAGCUGGAGUCGGCCGACCUCAUCACUGGAAAGAACUGGUCAAGUGUCGCCGUGCGUGGCAUCCUGCACCUGCGCUACUCGCGACGCACCAUCCAGCACGUGUUCCCCAGCGCUAUCGGGGACGAGGAGCUCAUUCAGAAGCUGAUCAGCCGGCAACUGCACGUGCACUACAGGGCUCAGAUGCACUUCAACGCGUAUGGAAGGCUGGAGGGGUACGAGAUCACUCCAGCCUUUGUGGGGGCGUUGAUGGAGGUACUCGGCAGCAUUCGAGGCUGCGAAAGAAUGCUCGGUCGAGCGUUGAUUAAAGGGCACGUGCUAGGGGAGAAAGCAGAACAAUCCUCUCCAGGAUUGGACGUGUUACACCGUUCCGUGGAGCGUUUGCCAUUGGCUUCAUUUGUUGAAAAUCGCUGGGUAAAUUGGAUGUACUCCGUGUGA